UCUUGGGCGCCAUCGCUGCUGCGAGAAUCUCCUGAGCGCCUCGCUGGGAGCUAGAACGCCGCUCGCUCGCUGGCGCGCUCUCGAUUCAUCGCCGCGGCCGGCGCAAUGGCGCCCGACGACGACGCCGGCUCUCCCAAAUUGGCUGCGGCGAGGCGAUCCGAGGUCGCUGCGCGAUUCUUGUCCGAGCGAGCCUCUAUAAUUUCCAGGAGGGCUGAUGAACACGAGCAGCUCCUCAAUAAGGUGACUUACUGUAUUGGAGUGUUUUGCUUUGGCACUGUGUGCUACGUGAUGGGAUCAAGGCCGCACGAGAUUCCCUAUCUGUACUGCUUGUUCUUCCUUGGGAUCGCUCCACUGAGAUGGAUUUACUACAGAACGAGGAAGUGGCACUACUAUCUUCUGGACUUUUGCUACUACGCGAAUGUUAUCUUCAUGGCUAUGCUUCUCGUCUUUCCAAACAACGAGAAGCUCUUCAUGGUCUGCUUUUCUUUCUCUGAAGGGCCCCUAGCUUGGGCAUUGAUUGUAUGGAGGUGUAGCCUGGUGUUCAGCUCUAUUGACAAGAUCAUCAGCGUUCUAAUUCAUUUGCUUCCCGGCACCGUGUUCUUCAUAAUUCGCUGGUGGGAUCCAAUUACGUAUCCUCACCAUUCCUUGGACGCAACGGGGCCUUGGCCGGCUUGGCCACUCGUUCACGACGACCGCGCCUUGUGGACUUGGCUCUUCUUCGUCCCACUCAUCGCGUACAGCGUCUGGCAAGCACUCUACCUCCUCAUCGUCAACGUUCUGCGCAAGCAAAGGCUGCUCAGAGAUCCAGAAGUCAUGACAUCUUUCAGGGAGCUAUCUCGAAAGGCCGCGAGAGCAAACAACAUAUGGUGGUGGCUCAGUGGAUUGCUGGGAGAACGCAACCGGGUUGUCAUGUACGCGGCGAUCCAAGCGGCGUUCACGGUGGCAACCAUGGCGCUCACGGUACCGAUGUUCAAGUCGUACCGCUUGCACGUACUCUUCGAGCUCUUCAAGGCCGCGGUGGCCGUCUGGAACGGAGGGAAGUGGCUGUUUGACGUGAUGCCCAGGCAGAUGGAAAAGAAGAAAACGGGCAAAGUUUAUAGCAAAGCCAAAGCCGAGAGCUCGCCAGAGAACCCGAGCAAGAACGUCAUAUCCAUCCAAGAGGAGAGCUCGGGCGGCGCUGCUCCACGGGGCUUGCUCUCCGGGAGCGUCUCGAGCGUCUCGAGCGUCUCGAGCCAAGAGAAGAAGGCGAUUUGCUCGCUGUGCCAGCAGCUAAGCUCAAGAAAGUUUGAGCUCCAAAAGGCCGUGGAGGAGGCGACCUCUUCGGUGCGUGACUUGGGGCCAGAGCCAGCGUUGUUCUCGAGGAUCAAGCCGACUGAUGCGAUCUCGUGUGCCAGCUAAGUCGAAGAAGCGAGGCUCUCACACAAUGUACAGUAAAUCAUCAGCCAUUUGUAAGUGGUGCUUGCGUAUAUCUUGCAAAAACAAGAAAAAAAACAUUAAGCUUUGCGAG